UAUCGCGUGUGUCACCGCGGCGAUUGCGAUUCCGCGAACUAUAAUUUCUGCGCGACAUCUUUUUCUUCGAUUCAAUAAUGACGAGUAGGAAAUAAAGGAGCGCGGGAUAUUGUCUCCCGACAACCCAUGAUUAUCACAGACAACGUUACUAUGUAAUGUCGUGACACGUUAUUAGUAUCUGGAUAUGGGGGAUCGCCCGGAAAAAGUUAGGUGGACCUUGAGGGAGAAUCGACAUCCACACAAAACCGAGUCGGGGAGAUGCAAUCAGCUGUGAAACAUUACUACAAUGUUAACAAGAUCCUCAUGUCAAAACUCGGCACUUGGCCGGCGCAAAGUAUAUUCGCGAAGAUAGUGUUGCCGACCAUAGCAACGGCUUUUAUAUUCAGCUUCGGUUUUCUCGAGUUUGUAAGAUUAUCCGAGAUAUGGAAGAAACUGACCGAAGACUGCGAGUCCUGCAUCAUGGCGGUGCUUACCGUCCUCUGUUAUAUUAAACUGUUCGUCCUAGUUCUCAAGAACAAAAACAUAGAACGACUGCUGUCGCUCAUCGACUAUCACUGGCGCGUUUUCACGCAUUCUCUGGAGGUACAAAUUAUGCACGAGUACGCUGUCAUAGCAAGGAAGAUGACGAUAAGUUAUGCCGUGAUGAUUUAUUCGUUGAUGAGCCUUUACAUGCUGAUCCCAGUGACGCCGCAGUUAUUGAAUCUCCUCAUGCCUCUCAAUCAAUCGCGCCCACGUAAAUACCUAUACGAUAUCGACUUCAGCUUCGACAGAGAAGAAUAUUACUUCUCUGUAUUACUUUACUCGUACUUGUUGACCGUGGUGAAUAUGACUGUUUUCGUAGUAACCGAUACGAGCUACCUGAUUCUUGCGCAUCACGUGUGUGGUCUGUUCGCCGCUAUCGGGUACCGACUAGAAAGUCUAUCCUCGACGAUAAGUUUAAAUCAUCACGUUCAAGAUGCAAAGGUAGCUUGCAAUAAGUACGAGUCGACAAAUUACGAUGGCGAGAUCUAUCGCGAACUGAUCCUUCUCCUACGGAAACAUCAGCUGAGUCUUGAAUAUGUCGAUUUGUUGGAGUCCUUGUUCCAACUGUAUUCGUUUUCGAUGAUCUUUAUUCAUUUCAUCAUUAUGAGUCUCCUCGGAAUGCAAAUAGUUGCCUUAAUGGAUCGCAAAGGGGAGAUGCUCAGAUACGUGUCGAUGGUAAUAGGUGGUUUCGUGCAUCUUCUCGUUUUGAAUUAUCCCGGCCAAGAAAUAAUGGAUCAUAGCGCAGCUAUAUUCCAUAAAGCAUACAACAUACUGUGGUACAGAAUGCCGCGAAGAACGACACAGCUAUUGAGCAUAUUACUUUAUAGAAGUCUUGUGCCUUGUAAAUUAACAGCCGGCAAACUAUACGUGCUGUCGUUUCAGAAUUAUGCUUCGGUGCUGCAGGGAACUCUAUCUUAUUUCACCGCCCUUUUGUCGUUACGGUAAUUUGCAGUUAAAAAGAAAGGAGAAUGAUUACGUUGGUUUGUCGAACGAUAAAAUUAGCAAUUUGAGUGAUUUUUCUCUGCUAAACGUCUGAAAGUAAUUCUAUUGCGUAUAGCAGUAACAAAUAAAAUUCAGCAAAAGUUGACAAGUUGCAUAUGAAAGCGAAGACGUGUGUUUCAAAACGUGUUGUAUCGAUUUAUCUUUCUGUUUUAAUAGCAAUUCAAAUAUAUAGUUGAUACCGUUAUAACAUCAUAAUCGUUAUCAUUUUUUUCACAAAAGUUCGACCUGUUAAACCGAAACAAAGUUCAUCGUUAAAAGA